AUGUCUGCAUUUGAAGGUGCAAAAGAUGUGAGCAACAUCGCUGAGGAAUUGCAGAAAAACUCCCUAGACUUUUCAAAGGACAUCAUGAAGAUCUUCAAUGACCCCAUUCAUGGUCACAUUGAGCUGCACCCGCUGCUGGUGAAAAUGAUUGACACUCCUCAGUUUCAGAGACUUCGAUACAUUAAACAACUGGGAACGAAACAUCUAGUGUAUCCGGGUGCCACUCACACUCGCUUCGAACACUCACUUGGUGUGGCACAUUUAGCAGGCUGUCUUCUCAAGACACUAAAUGAGAAUCAGCCAGAACUCAACAUCAAGAAAAAGGAUUUCCUGUGUGUUCAGAUCGCUGCCCUGUGCCAUGACAUGGGUCAUGGUCCGUUCUCUCAUUUGUUUGAUGGCAUGUUCAUCCCUGAAGUCCGGCCUGACCACACUGUUUGGAAACAUGAGCAGGCAUCUGUUGACAUGUUUCGCUGCAUGAAAAGGAGGAAUGGACUGGACAAAGAGAUGAAAUUCUAUGGACUGGAUUUACAGAAAGACAUCAAAUUCAUUGAGGAAUUAAUUCUGAAAGGACAAAAGGAUGGCAAGUGGUCAAUGAAGGGCAGGACUGAGGACAAAUCCUUCCUGUAUGAGAUUGUGGCAAAUAAAGUGAACGGCAUUGAUGUGGACAAAUGGGACUAUUUGGCUCGAGAUUGUUAUUAUCUCGGCAUUCCAUGUGGUUUUGACUCUCAGCGUCUGCUAAAAUCUGCUCGAGUUUGUGAGGUGAACAGGAGGAAACACAUCUGCUUCAGAGACAAGGUGGCAGAUAACAUUUAUGGCAUGUUUCACACCAGAUACACUCUUCAUCGUCAGGCUCUUCAGCACAAGAUCGGCUACAUCAUUGACGUCAAGCAUGAUCUACUAGACUGA